AUGCUUUUUAUUUUUUAAUUUCUACUUAUCAUAAUCUCUUAGUUUAUAAAUGGUAUAACAUCAUAAUUUGUUUUACAUCCUAAUCCAGUCUCUUAAAUCGAUUUGAAAAAUGUAACUCAGUCUGUAGGUAUUACAAAUUGCAUUUCAGAAGAUGAAUAAUAUGCUUUUGUAGCUUCAACAUACGCAGGUAUACAUGUAAUAGACCUUUCUAAUAUUUAUAUACCAAAAGUCAUUUCUGUAGCAUAAUCUUCUUAUGCGUAAGCUUGUGCUGAAAGGAAUAACUAUUUAUUUGUAGCAGAUUAACAAGAAGGCUUAAUAAUACAUAAUAUAACAGAUAAAUAAAAUCCAAAAAGAAUAGCUACUGCUUCUUACACUGAAAAUGGCUUUAAGGCAUCAUAUUAAUUUGUACUACUUUCACCUGAUUUCUAAUUUGUUUUUGCCUUAUCUUAUGGAUUUGUCUUUACCUUUUAAAUAACUGAUAUAACAAAACCAAGAUUGCUACCUUUCCCUCUAGAUUUUACAUUUGCUCCUAAUUGUUAUACUCUUAGAUUCGAUAAAAGUAAAAGAUUCAUAGCUAUUGCAAAUCAUAUCUCAGGAGUAACAGUGCUUGAUAUUAGUAAUAUUUAGAAAUAAUACAUUAGAGCAAGUUCAAAUCCUAAGUUUGUUAUUUGGGAUGUGGCAUUUACUCCAGAUUCUAAGGCAUUUUAUGCUUUAGAUGCUUAUAAUGGGCUCUAUUAUGCUGACCCUUCUGUUCUUUAUGAUAAUUCAUAAUAAGGAAAAGUUAGUUUAAACUAUGAUUUAGUUUUGCAAAAUACAGAUUCACUAGUUUUAAGUAUGAUAAUAACAGAUGAUGGAUCUCAUAUGCUUAUAGGCCAUCGUAGCACAGGAAUAAAAGUCUAUUAAUUAAAUAGCUAAAAUUAUAAGAAAUUAAAUUUUAUUGAAAGCUUAGAUGCAUCAUACAUGGUUAUUACCAUAAAUUUAUCUAAAAAUAAUGCCAAGUACAUUUAUGUUACAAAUGGAAUUUCUCUAAUCAUUUUUUAACAAGUUACUCCAAACAUUAAUUAAGACUAUCCCAAUAUGCUCAACACGUUUUAGUCUUCCCUUACUUUUAUUGAUAGCAAUGUAAAUAGGUUUGGUAUAUUUUGUACAAAUAGCGAAGUUAUCGUUGCCACUGCUGGGAGUAGCUUAAAUAUUUAUGAUACAACUAAUCCUUAUUAGCCUUCCCUAUUAAAAAGUGUUUCUUAAUAAGCAAGUAAUUUCGAUAAUUUUUCAAUUGCCAUAGCUACACCUGAUUUUAAUACAUUAAUUAUUGCUUCUUCAUAAUCUGGGGUUCUCACUUUUAAUAUCAAAGAUAAGUCAAAACCUAUUUUUUAAAACCAAUACUAAUUUUCCUAUAAAGGAUAACUAAUGACUUAAGCAACUAGUGCUAAAAUUAGCAAAGAUGGGAAAAAAAUAAUUGUUGGAAAUAGCUUUUUUGGAGUUUUAAUAUUCGCAUUUAUCAAUUCUACUGAUUUGAGCUAAUUACAACUCAUAAGUGUUUUUCCUAACGACAUAGCUUGUGGUUAUGAACGUUGUGAUUCAACAUCUGACGGAAUAAAAUUUGUAUGUGCUUGCCGUGAAAUCGGUACAAUCUUUUUUUAACUUUAGAAUCCUGGCGAACCACCUCUCAGAAAGAAUUAAUUUUUAGAGCUUGCUGUUGAAUAAGCUUUGAUUUCUUAAAAUGAUAAGUUACUCUUUCUAGCUAAUGGAUAUUAAGGUUUAAUAAUUGUAGAUAUUUCUGAUUUUUUUAAUCCUAAAAAGUUAAGCUAGUUAGUUCUAUAAGGGUGGGCUCAAGCAAUUACACUUAUUUUCAAUGAAAACUAUAUAGUGGUCUCUUAAGUUGAAAAAGGAUAACUCAGCUUGAUUAAUAUUUAAGAUCCUUCUAAUCCUUAUGAAUAAUAGCGUGUAUAAUUUAAGGGCGAGAGUUCUACAAAUUCAUGUAUAAAUGCUGCUAAUCAUGAUGAUUUAUACUUCAUAGGUAAUUUUGGUUUAAGAUACUUGCCAAUAAAACCAAAAAUUACAGUUCACACAUAAUUUGAAGUAGCUGUUUACAACUAAAAUGGAGGCUUUCUUUAUUAUCAAACUUUAGAGUAAGGUUAACAACUAUUAGUGGGCUAAACUAUAAGGAUAACUUUUGUCUAACUUUAUAACGAAUAAAAUGCAAUUAUAAGCCAGGUCUACUAUUAUCGCUAUUUUGAAAAACAAGUUCUCCCCCCUUGGAUUACAUUUUUAACUACCCAAUAACAAAUAAACCUUAACGUAGAUAAGCUUGGUACUUACAAUGACUUUUCAAAAGAAAAUAAAGGAGAAAACAUUUUAGUCUUAGAAAUUUAAGUUUAAAUAACACCAAAUUAAUUGAUAAAUAACUCAUUGAAAAUUGAUUUAAAUUUAUCAAACUAUUUAAUUAGCUUGCUCUAACAAAAUGGUUAUUUAGACUAAAACAGCUAUUUAACAGAUAAAUUCAACCCAUAUGUAACAUUUGAUUUAAAUUUCUAUGAUGGAAACAUAUAUAAGCCAAGUGAUUAUUCAUCUGUUUAUGAUAAAAUUUAAUCAUUUAUUAAAUAAACUUUAACAUUCUCUAAAAUUGAUUACCCAAUAAGAUUCUUUAUAGUCAGCUCUCUUAAAUUUAACUAUUAAAAAAUUAUUAACAAUUCUGCAGAUAUCAUUCAAACUCCUUCAUAGUAAGUGAGCAUCUUUAUUUAAAUUACAAAAAAUGGGAAAUUUGUUAAAAGGAUUUUCGAAGGUGUUUUAGCUUCUUUUUCAGAUGAUUUAACAAGUGUUAAAAUAUCUGGAUAAACUUCGUUUGUAAAUGCUAUAAUAAAAAACAGCAUACAAAUAGCAAAUUACACGGCAGAUCUUUCUCAAGUUAGCAUAACAUUUAUUCUCUCUGAUGCAAAUAACUAUGAUUAAACAAUUAAUACCUCAUUAGAUUAGAUAGGUUUCAUUAACAUACAUAAGCCUGUUUACUAAGAUAAAAAUCUUUCUUUAUAAUCUUAGUUCAACAGAUACUACACAAAUAACUAUUUACCUAUUGAAGAUCGCUUCUAAUUUUCUUUUGAUUUAAAUACAUUUAAAUAAGAUGAAGGCUUAUAAUUGACAUACACUGCAUAUAUUUUAAAUGGUUCAAAACCUCCUACUUAAAUUCUGACAGGCUCAUGGAUAGAAUUUAGCAAUGUUAACUUAGCGUUCAGUGGAAUAAGGUCAGCAAGUGCCUUUAUGGAUACAACACGGGUAAGGAUAAUAGCAGAUGAUGGAUAUUCUCAAGUUUAAGAUGAUUUUUAUAUGACAUUUGGGUCAGUUCCUUUUUUAUACGCUCUUUAAAUCAUAAUAUAAAUAGGAGGACCAAUUUUGGGUAUAAUUGGUUUAUGGAAGUAUCGCUACGAAAUUCACUUAUUUUUGCUUGAAAGAAAAAACAUGUAUCAAAAUGAAGUUGCAGUAGUAGGUUAGAUGUAUAAAAAAUAAAUUAUAAUUUAUGGUAAUGUUUAGCAAGAUGGAUUAACAUUGUGGAAUAUGUUAAAAAAAUAAAAUAAAAAAUUGAAGGAAAAUCUAGUUUAAGAGUAUAAAUAGAAUAAUACUAUAGAUAUUUAUGAGAUUAUUACUUAAUUAGAAAAAAUAUAUUAUAAAAAUUAAAUCAAAUUUCCUUAUAUUGAUCCAAGAGAGUUUGAUUUUGAUGAUAGCAGAAUGGUUAGGACAAUCAAGCGUAUAGCUUAUUAAUGCGUUUUAGAAAAAAAUCCAAAUACAAAUAAAGCUUAUGAAAAACUAAAAAAGUAUUCCCUCAAAAAUUUUGGAAGAAAAGAUUGGUAUAAAUUUUAUCUGGAGUUGUAUCCUUUAAUGGAUAUAAAUUAAGUAUUAGGAAGAGAUCAAAGGGUUUUAGAUUAACCAGAUAAAGAUAUUUUCUAAGAAUUUUAAAAGAAUACUAACAAUGAAUUAUUAAAUUCUAAUUAAGUUAGAUUAAGAGAAGUUAAAUUAAUUAGUAAUUAAAAAGCUGAUUCUCAGCUAUAAAAUGAUAUUUUAAAUUUAAAUUCGCCUCUAGAACUUUAAGAAUUAACUGAAAGGUAAAAAUUAGCUAAAUGUUCUCUAGUAGAAAAUUAACAGAUGAAUAUCACUUCAGAGAAUUAAAUUCUAAAAGAAAAAAUUCUUAAUAAUGAGUAAAAGUAAUAAAAAGCUUAUGUAAACUUGAAUCCAUUUCCAGAAAUUCAUAUCAAAUAAGAUUUAAUUUAAGAAACAUUAAAAUAAAUGAAUUUUAAUUUAGCCUUUGAUUUUAAUUUACUUGCAGAAAUUAUGGCAUUAGAUGCAUCUGGAGCUCUUAUUACUUAGCCUAGCAAAUUGAAUCCAUCCUAUGGUGAAAGCAUCCAUUGUUUGCCAUAUUAACUACUUAAUUUAUAAGCUUUCCGUAACAACAGCAAGGAAUAAGGAUGUAUUUAAAAAUUUUUAAACUUUUUUAAUAUGAGCUACACUUCUCUUGGAUUUGUAAUGAAUAACCCUCUACCAAAGUGGUUAAAAUUUUAGAUCAUAGAUGGUGUAAUUAAUAUGUGGGGAAUUCCAUAACCAAAUGAUGAAGCAGAAAUUCUUAUUAGAAUCAUAAAUGAUACAGGUUUUGCUAUUUACAGUUUUCAUAUCAUUAUAUAGGAUUAGCUAGGAAACGACAUGAGAAAUAAACAACUCCUCCGUAAAUAUACUAUGCAGUACAAUCCUACGUCCAGAAAAAAAACAGGUCAUGGUAAAUUACUUCAUUAGUCUAUCAACAAUAUUGGCAGUUAACAGUUCAUUCCAGCUGCAGGCAGUAAAUUGCCAUCUUAGGAAUCACCAUAGCUAAAGGGAUAAACUUUAAGAAAUAUACCAAUGAAAAGUCAAUUUUGCUUAGGCUCAAAUCAGAAUAUUAACCAUAAUUUCCUUUCAGAAGAACAAGUUAAUGAAUAAAAUAGUGACUAAAAUGAGAAAAAUUCCUAAAAUAUAAAUAUUACAUUAAAAAAAGAUGGCGAAAAAGAGAAAUAAGUAUCCAAUUAAGAAACCUCAAUAAUCGUAGAAAUAGAAGAAAAUAUGAGUGAAAAAAAUGAUAAAAUAGAAUAAGUUAAGUGUCAAACAUUUUAGAACAAGUCUAAAUGA